CGGAGAUGUGACCCAGCCCCGCCGCCCAUGUGGGCCCCCCGACCCUCAGCGAAGGCGGCUGCCAUAGGGGCCCCGGCACCCGGCCUCCCGGCCCUGCCGCUGCUGCUGCUGCUGGUGGCCGCGCCGACGGGAGGGGCAGAAUUCCUUUUGAUAUAGAAAACUAGGCUUGAAAGGGCCUUAAAAUCCCGUCUAACUGCUUGCCUUGUGACUCUUCCCUGCAACAUAACUUCAGAGUCAUUACCUAUCUGCUGUUGGAGCACCUCUCAUCACAGGAAACUUGAUACCUGACACCCAAGACAGGAUGUCCUGUCAUUGUAGACUUCCAGCUACUAGAAUGUUCUUCCAAUAAGAUAACCACUUCAGAGAGCGGAUCUUAAGCGAACCCCGCACAGCACGUGGAUCCCCUGUCCAUUUUAUCACAUUUAGUUACACAACUUCAUUGAGGCUUAAUUCAACCCUGAAGAGGUGUGAUCCGAGCCCUGGUCACCGUCAAAAUCAUCAAAGCAUUGACUUGUCACUAUGGAGGAGAGUUAACCUAUUGAAAAAUAUUGCACCUUUCUGACUGUUUUUGAUGGCAGCUGUACACUUCUGUAUUCAUCUUGUUUGACUGGAAAGUCUGAGAUCACAAUUGAGAUCACACUCUCAACCUCGUUUGCCUCAAAAUCCCCAUCAACAGCCAAGAGAAGUAAAUACUACUAAUCACUUCCAAAUCUCCACUUGCCAUGGGCUGCUCUUGCUUCAUUAUAAAAAGCAGUCAUCUGUAACAUGCACACUUUCCAAUGAUCAUGCAGUCUCUUCUUCCCACAACACUGCUCCUUGAAGCGUUCCCUAAAGGCAGUAAUUCCCUGUGUCUCUGGUGGUCUGCCUAAACCUACAAAUAUCACCUUCUUAUCUAUAAACAUGAAGAAUAUCCUACAGUGGAACCCACCACAGGGCCUACAAGGAGUGGAAGUUACUUAUUCUGUGCAGUAUUUCAUAUAUGGGCAAAAGAAAUGGCUGAAUAAAUCCGAAUGCAGAAAUAUCAGUAGGACCUACUGUGAUCUCUCUGCUGAAACUUCUGACUACGAACGUCAAUAUUAUGCCAAAGCUAAGGCCAUUUGGGGAACGAAUUGUUCUAAAUGGGCAGAAACUGGACGAUUCUAUCCUUUUUUAGAAACACAAAUUGGCCCACCAGAGGUUGCUUUGACUACUGAUGGGAAAUCCAUAUCUAUUGUUCUGACGGCUCCAAAGAAGUGGAAGAAAAACCCAGAAGAAAGCUCUAUUUCCCUGGAACAAAUAUACUCUAAUCUGAAGUAUAAUGUGUCCGUACAUAAUACUAAAUCAAAUAGAACGUGGUCCCAGUGUGUGACAAACCGAACGCUGGUAUUCAGCUGGCUGGAGCCGGACACUCUGUACUGCGUCCUCGUGGAGUCCUUCGUCCCAGGCCCUCCUCGCCUUGCUCAGCCGUCUGAGAAGCAGUGUGUCAGUACUUUGAAAGAUCAAGCAUCAACAUUGAAGGUUAAAAUCAUCUUCUGCUAUGUUUUGCCCAUAUCUGUUACUGUGUUUAUUUUUUCUGUGAUGUGCUACUCCAUGUACAGAUAUACCCAUGUCGGCAAAGAGAAACACCCAGCAAAUCUGAUUUUGAUUUAUGGAAAUGAAUUUGACAGAAGAGUCUUUGUACCUGCUGAAACAAUUGUGAUUAACUUUAUCACCCUCAAUAUUUUGGAGGAUUCUAAAACUUCUCAUAAGGAUAUAAGUGUAAUGGAAAAAAGCAAUGAUGCAUCAGACCUGAAUGAGCCCAGCGAGGACCAGGAGUCCCAUCAGGAGGAAGUGGAGGUGAAACACCUGGGAUAUGCUUCACAUGUGGUGGACAUUGUGUAUGACUCUGAGAAAAGCCCCAAAGGGACUUCCUUAAGCCAGCAAGAGCCACCCAGCAGGACAAUGCCCACAGAUAAAACAGUCAUCGAAUAUGAAUGUGACGUAAGAACUAGUGACAUUUCUGUGGGGCCUGGAGAUCAGGAGUUCAAUUUGCAGGAGGAAGCGUCCCUACAAGGAAAGUUACCUGAGCAACAGGCAACUUUAGCAGACUUGGGUCCACAAACACUACCAUAUUCAUAUACCCCUCAGCUCAGAGACUUGGACCACCUGCCGCAGGGGCAUGUGGACACAGAGGAGGGGCCCGAGGCAGAACCAUUGGCCACACUGGUCGAUUGGGACCCUCGGAUUGGCAGGCUGUGUAUACCUUCAUUAUCCAGCUUUGAACAUGACUCAGAGAAAUGUAAGCAUCCUGAGUCUGAGGGACUCAAGGAGGAGGGCCUCUUAUCUAGACUCUACCAGGAUCAGGCUCCAGACAAGACACUGGAGGAACAUGAAGCCUAUCUCAUGCAAUUUAUGGAGGAAUGGGGAUUAUAUGUACAAAUGGAAGACUAACACUCAAACUUCCCUUUGCCAGACCUCUACUGUUACAAAACACGUGAGUGCAAACAGAUAAGUGACCGAACAAUAAAGUACCAGAGACAGAAGUUUACUCAGA